AAAUGUUUUUAGCUGCAAGACGGUUGGCGAUUCUUUCUGAGCGUUUUGUUUCUGAUAAUUCGUCAGCAGUUCCACUCUGGAUUGAUGGAAAAGCUGUUCAGUCAAAGACUAACAAAUGGAUUGAUUUAUUUAAUCCGGCUACCAAUGAGUUGAUUAGUAAAGUUCCAGAAUCAACCAAGGAAGAAAUGGAGAGUGCAGUUGAUUCCUGUCUUGAUGCAUUUAAACUUUGGCGAAAUACCUCAAUAAUUUCUCGACAACAAUGCAUGUUUAGGCUUCAAGAACUAAUUAAACGGAAUCAAAAAAAGCUUGCUGAGAAUAUCACGUGCGAACAAGGCAAAACACUUGCUGAUGCUGAAGGUGAUGUAUUUCGUGGGUUACAGGUCGUGGAAUUUGCAUGUAAUGCUGCAAGUAUGUUACUUGGUGAGCAUCUGCCAAAUAUUGCAGCAGAUAUGGAGACUUAUAGUUUGAGAUUACCACUCGGAGUUACAGCGGGAAUUUGUCCUUUUAAUUUUCCUGCGAUGAUUCCCCUAUGGAUGAUGCCGCUAUCUCUAGUAGCUGGAAAUACAAUGUUGUUAAAACCUUCAGAGCAGGAUCCUGGUGCUACUUUAAUGCUUGUUGAAUUAGCAAAGGAAGCGGGUAUACCAGAUGGAUGUGUUAAUGUUAUUCACGGGACACAUGAUGCUGUGAAAUUUAUUUGUCAAAAUCCAGAUAUCAAAGCAAUUUCUUUCGUUGGCAGUGAUCAAGCGGGUAAAUAUAUUUAUGAGGAAGGGGCCAAACAUGGAAAACGAGUGCAAUCAAAUCUGGGUGCAAAAAAUCACGGUGUCACGGCCGCAGCUUUUGGUGCUGCUGGGCAACGCUGUAUGGCACUUUCUACUGCUGUUUUUGUUGGUGAAGCACGGGCAUGGAUUCCUGAAUUGGUUGAACGUGCCCGUCGUUUAGUUGUUGGUCCGGGCUGGGACGCUAGAACAGAAAUUGGGCCAGUAAUUUCACAAAAGGCGAAAAGGAGAAUUGUUGAAUUAGUUGAGUCAGCAAAGGCAGACGGUGCUAAAGUUCCAUUGGAUGGAACAGGAAUUCGAGUGAAUGGUUUUGAACAAGGAAAUUUUGUUGGAGCAACUGUGAUUACAGGUGUUAAACCAGAAAUGCUUUGUUAUAAGGAAGAAAUUUUUGGUCCUGUUCUUUGUGUACUUGAAGUGGACACUUUGGAUGAUGCUGUUAAUUUAAUUAAUGAAAACCCUUAUGGAAAUGGUACGGCAAUAUUUACUCGAAAUGGUGCUGCUGCCCACAAAUUUACUUCACAGAUAGAUGUUGGACAAGUUGGGAUUAAUGUCCCAAUUCCGGUACCUCUUCCAAUGUUUUCAUUUACUGGCUCUCGUGGAAGUUUUCUUGGAGAUGCUAAUUUUUAUGGCCGUGCAGGACUAAAUUUUUACACACAAAUAAAAACAGUUACACAACUUUGGCGAUCAGAAGAUAGUGAUGAAUCUUCCAAACCGUCAAUGGCAUUUCCACAAAUAAAAUAA